UAGACUUUUGAUAUUCUUGCUUAUAUUAGUCAAAUUACACAUUAUAUUAAAAAAAAAUUCAGGGAAGUGCAUGACCUAUAAACAAUUGAGGACGAAGGGAGUACUAGAUAAGCAAAAAUGAGCAUUUUUUUUUUAAAAAAAAGAUGAUUUUUCAAAAAUUUUGAUCGACGAGAAGAUUCAAGAAUGUUUUUCUCCGUAAAAAACACACCCCAAGUUAAAUGAUAAAAAGCAUCUAUCUCUAGAUCUAAGUCACUUAUACCAACUACACAACACACGGCCAAGAACAUGAUUCUUUGCUUCUCUAUUACUUUAAUCUGUCACAUACAAGCAAGCACCUUUUGAUUGAGAAAAAGAAUAACAUUUCACCUCAACACACAGUAUUAUAGUAGUGAUUUAAAGAGAAACUCAAAAGCUGCUAUAUAUCAAACAUGUUGUGCCAUUAUUUCUCCCAAAACUAAAAUAAGAAUACAGAGAAUUUACAAACAUGAACAGCAACAGGCCUCAUAAUUUUACACAAUAUGGAAAUAGGAGCAAUGGAGAGUGGCAUGAUCCUAAUUCACAUGGACCUGAGUACAUAUGGCAACCUAUUAUCCCUCGUCCUCCGCCUCCACGAGAUAUCCCUCAGAAUCCUAGACGUGUCGUUCAUGAUCCACCGUUGCAUGUAACAGAGAGACCAUUUCUAGUACCUACUGGUGCAACAAGUUAUCCAUAUCCAGGCCAACCACGACGUAGGCUAACUCAUCCUCCUGUUCGUGUUCUACUCCAUAACGAUGAUGUACCAAGACAUGGAUCAUAUCAGAGACCAAGCCAACUUCCAUUCGAUUCUCCUCCUCCUCCGUGGUUUAUGCAGAGCAAUGAAACGUCGAGGAAUGAAUCAAAAUUGAGCCCAAAUGAGCAAAAGGCAGCCUUGAAUAAACUCAAGAAAGAAAUCUACAAUCCUGUACAAGCAAAAGUGGCAAAACAAGUUAACCUUUACUUUAGAGGCUUGAACAAUACUACCACCAACGAAUCGAUCAAGGAUAAAGAUGAGGAUGGUAAAAGAUGUUCGAUUUGCUUGGAAGAUUUUGAGCCUAAAGAGAUUGUGACAGUCACACCAUGUAGUCAUAUGUUCCACGAAGACUGCAUCGUUCCAUGGGUGACAAAUCAUGGCUCGUGCCCUGUCUGUCGAUUUGCUAUCUGUGAAAGAAUGAAACAGGACACAACAGACUCAUCGACGACAAGGACUAGUAGAGCUACAAACACAAUGCCACCACAUGAAUUGAUGAUGGAAAGGGACCUGAUUACUAUAAUGAGAGCAUUUGAUGAAACUUUUGAAUUGGAUCAAAUUAGAUCCUUUCUCCUACCAAGAUUAACAAGAGGUUAAGUGUAUGUUGCUUAAGUUAUUAAGCUAAUGUAAUUUUCCUUUGAUUUAUUCACUUUCUGUUGAAGCAGAUAAUACUUGUAUGAAUACACAAUGACAACAUGACUUGAAUAAAAAAAUGUCUCUUUCACAA